UGGUAACAGAACCUCUAAUUCGUACAACACGCAGAAAUAUUUCUUACAACGUCUAUUCUAUGCCUUGUUUAUUCUUUAUCCAAGUUAAUGAACCGUUAUUUCGAUUUUUGUGAUAAAUAUUCAUCAUGAAUAUUUAAAUGGCGCAUUCUAGUUUUCUGUUCAUGUCAUCCGCUAAUAUUGUGAAUUGACGGUACAGUACAUAUUUACAAUUUUUGAUGGGAUUCUGAAGGAAUGAGCAUAUGUCCAGUUGAUCUGUAAUUAUUAUAAUCAAAAAGUUACGAUGGAAAAAUAUAUAAAGUUGUUAAAAGAUCACGAUAUGGAUUCUCAAUUUAUGGGCAUAGUAGUUGCUGUAAUAGUGAUUAUCCUAACUAUAGUAAUAUUUGCCAUAUGGCGUAGAAAAAAGUCCAUAGGAAACAGUGUACUGUUGACUGGACUCAGCGAUGCUGGUAAAACAUUACUAUACGCGCGUUUACUUUAUUCCAAAUUUGUUAAAACGCAUACAUCUGUGAAAGAGAACACAGGAGAUAUCACGAUUAACAAUCGUGUGUUAAAAAUUGUCGAUAUACCUGGAUAUGAGCGGCUACGCUAUAAAUAUUUUGAUCGAUUCAAGUUAUCUGCAAAAGGAAUUGUCUAUGUAAUUGAUUCGGUAACUGUCCAGAAAGACAUUCGUGAUGUAGCAGAGGUUUUAUAUAACUUACUAUCUGACUCUGCUACACAAAAGAAACCUGUUCUUAUAUUGUGUAAUAAACAAGAUCAAACAAUGGCAAAGGGUUCUACUGUUAUAAAGACUUUACUUGAAAAAGAAAUAAAUUUAUUACGUAUGACAAAGACAAGUCAAUUAGAAGCUACAGAUGCAUCGUCCAAAAACAUAUUUCUUGGUAAACAUGGAAAAGAUUUCGAAUUUUCUCAUUUAAUCAGAAAUAUUGAAUUUGCAGAAUGCAGUGCAUUUAACAAAGAUCUUGACAAUUCUGCUGACAUCGAACAGUUAAACAGUUGGUUAAAGAAAAUUACAUAA